AUGUCGAAAAAGAGCAGUAGCCGAACGAUGGCCACGAAAAAGUUGAUUAUCGAUGAAUUCAAACGACGCCUUCGCGACAACAUCAAAUCGCUCAAUGACAACUUUUUCCACAUUAUUCAAGCCGCAAAAGUCAGUCCCGACGACAACGCCUACAAAAAUCAGACGGGCAAAAUGGCCGAAUUCUACACCACGAAGAACGAGAUGGCCGUCCGUGCGCAGUUAAUGGUCCGAGCGUCCGAUGAGCUACUCAGGUUGACAACGGAUCUCAAGGAGUUCCUGAUUCUUCACGACUUUCAUUUCCUGACUCACAACAUUAAAUCCGCCGAGGCCCAAUGCGAGGACGAGCUCCGCAAACAAUCACAAUUUCAUCAGGCAAUCGAUUCGGACGUGAGCAACAUGUUGCUCGAUCUGGAGCGGGAAAUCGGCGAGAAUUUCUACCUCCGUCACACUUAA